UAUUCUGAAAGUGAAAGUGUGAUAUUUUAUACGUACCGAACAAUAUUUGGUAUUUUGCAAAGAGGCUAAGUUACGGCAGCUUUCUGGAAUGAAGUAGGCCUAUACGAUUUAAAUAUGUUGCGAUUGUGGAUCAUAGCUGUUAUGAGUGCAAGUACUUGUCUGCUGUUUCACCCAAUCCACACACUCAGCAAGAAAUGUUUUCCGAUUAAUCCUUACAGAAUUAUCGGUAGCAUGUACCCGAACGAAACACGUUGUCCAAUGGAAUGUUUGUGUGAGUAUUGCCCUUACCGCUUUGGACCUAACUUCCACAAUUUGCGCUAUCAACAUCAGGCAGAUUGUCGAUCAAAGAAGAUAUCGAAAAUUCCUUUCACUAAUUUGGCUGUAGAUCUGACACUUUUGUGGCUGGAUAAAAACAACAUUCAACAGAUUAAAAACGAUACUUUUUAUCACUUGAGGAACUUACUAGACCUGAGCUUAGCAUAUAACAAUUUGCUAUCAAAAACCGUGUACCCAAGGGCUUUUAGAGGACUAUUUAAGCUAAGAUUAUUCUACCUGCAGUACAACACCGGAUUAAACGUGUUAAGAAAAGAAUGGUUUACAGAUAUGUUAUCUUUGAAAACACUGUACGUUCAAUAUUCUUCUGUGGUAACAGUUGAACCAGGCGUAUUUGAUGCCUGCAGUCAGUUGAGUAGUGUUAGUCUCUAUGGAAACAAAAUUAAAACCGUUUCAGUUGUUUUUCGAAGUCGUCCCAAUCUAAAGUGGCUUUCUCUACAUGAUAAUAUCAUCGAGUCGCUCCAUGAUGACGCGUUCCUAGGCUCAAACAACUUAACAGUUAUAAGUUUACAUAACAAUCAUAUUGCAACCGUGAGCGAAUCAUUGGGCUUGCAGAAUCUACCUCAAUUAUCAAAGGUUCUUUUGUCAAGUAAUCAUUUAAGUUGUGAUUGCCAAUUGCUCUGGUUUCGUAGAUGGCUGAAUAUGACGUCGGUAGAAUUUACAGACAUUGAUCAAACCAACUGCAGCAAACCAAGCCAGUUGGCUGGGACUAACAUUCUGAAGUUUAACUCAUCCUCGAUAAGUUGCACAAAUAGAACAUUGAUGAUAACUCUUUGUACAUGCGUUUCUUUUGCUGUUAUUGUAUUUUUUGGAAUGCUAGUGUACAUCUUUAGGUGGGAUAUCAGGUACUGGAAUCAGCGGCGGUUGCUCCGACAGCAAUACGAACAGCUACAAAACGAGGGCCCUCCACCAAUUGACGGUGUGCAGGUUCGAUAUGACGCGUUCGUCUCUUACAACAGCAAGGACCGUGAUUGGGUACUUAAAACAGCCUUACCCAUAUUAGAAGGGCCCGAGUUCAACUUCCGUCUUUGCGUCGACUUCCGAGAUUUCAUAGUAGGCGGAGCAAUCACCGACAAUAUUUCUGAUGCUAUUAAGUAUAGUCGUAAAAUGUUAGUAGUUGUCACUGAGAACUUUGCUAAGAGCGAAUGGUGUUACUUUGAAAUGGAAAUGGCAAGGACCCGAAUGUUUGACAAUCACGAGGACAUUUUAGUGGUUGUAAUAUUAGAGCAUGUAGCGAGUAGAAAUAUGCCGACAUUACUGCAGAAAAUAUUGAGGAAGAAGACAUACAUUGAAUGGACUCAAAGUCCAGAUGGUCAGAAAGUGUUUUGGACAAGAUUGGCGACAGCAUUAAAUACACCGAAUGCUCACCACGAUCGUCUUAUAAACUAAGGCAAACAUUACAAGUUUGAAAAUAUUUGUCAGCAAAGUACUCCAAACAGAUGAAUCAAUACAUUGAUCAACGGUGAUAAGUUUUAGUUAUAUUAUUUGAAAUAUUUCUUUUUUCUUUUUUUUCUUUUAUUAAUAUUUCAAGAGGAAAUGUCCCACACAGCAAAGCUGAUUAUUAGGGGAGUCCUCAUCACAACAAACAAGUUACAAAAGAGACACAAAGCAGAGCAAACAGCAAAAACAGCACAUUCAUAAAUAUUUUUUUUUAAAAGCCAAUAAAUAUGUUAUAUUUUUUUUAAUAGAAUAAAAAAUAUUUAGGAGCUAUAAAAUGGUAAAAAAAUCAUUCAAAUCUGACAUUUCCUUAUGAA